GUGGUGGCAUUGUAAAUCUCAUCUCUACAAUUUCCAAAGUUCCCUGGGAAGAGGGAGCAGUAAACCACUAUUCCCCAGCUACAAUUCCCAGAACGGCUUAACCAUUAAUUCGCCUUUCCAGAGAACGCUGGGAACUGUAGCUCUGCGAGGGGAAUCGGGGUCUGCUGACAACUCACAAUAGUGCCGUAAUCAAACGGCGGUUCCCAGGAUUCUUGGGAGGAAGCCGUGAGUGUUUAAAGUAGUAAAAUACUGCUUAAAAGGGGCCUAGCAUUCAGAGUUCCCAUAAUUAUGUGUUGGGAGUGAAAUGGCGCGUACCCCCACGAUCACACUUGAUUUCCAGCAGGGGAAUUGUGUGAGUCUGCUGCUACAACAUCAACAGUCUUGCAACACCUGAACAACGGAAACAUUUUAUUGUGACAUGUGUCCGGGAUGGGGUGGGGGGUCAUAGCCCUUUGGAUGUUGCUGGACUCCCAUCAACCGCUGACCAGCAGGGCCAAUGGUCAGAGAAGAUGGGAGAUGUAGUUCAGGGACAUCUGUAAAAGUGUGGGAGAGAGGACUCGUGGCUAUUUUGUUCUUAGGCUGUCUGUCAGUAUGCUUUUUAUCAUCUUUUUAUCAAUGUGUUUAUCAUUGAUGUUCUGUAAUGUGUUUGUAGUGUAUACCCCCUGGGAUCUUUUGAUAAAGGUUGGUAUAUAAAUUGAAAAUAAUAAUGUGGGUUAAACCACUGAGCCUAGGGCUUGCUGAUCAGAAGGUCGGCGGUUCGAAUCCCUGUGACGGGGUGAGCUCCCGUUGCUUGGUCCCAGCUCCUGCCAACCUAGCAGUUCGAAAGCACGUCAAAAUGCAAGUAGAUAAAUAGGAACCGCUACAGCGGGAAGGUAAACGGCGUUUCCAUGUGCUGCUCUGGUUUGCCAGAAACGGCUUUGUCAUGCUGGCCACAUGACCUGGAAGCUGUACGCUGGCUCCCUCGGCCAAUAAUGUGAGAUGAGCGCGCAACCCCAGAGUCGGUCACGACUGGACCUAAUGGUCAGGGUCCCUUUACCUUUUAAUACAUUAAUAAUAAUAAUAAUCUGGACCGCCACAAGUUCCUCGUCCUUGUCAUUUCUGCAUUAGAAACCCACCUCAUGUGAAGCGUUCUCCCGAGUUGCUGGUGUUUAUACACAGGGCUGUGCAUGUAAACAGAGGCAGAAAAGUAAAGACAGCGGCAAUUACCGUUAUUAAUGUGUAGGUGUUGACACAACAUUUGAGCACCGGCAUGCUCAUUAGCGCAUGCAGUGUGAUUUAAAACACCUUACCUGAUUUCAAGCCGCAAGUGGGUUGGCAGAACAGAUUUCUAGGUUUCGCAACCUUGCUCUUAUGCCCCCGCCCUGGCCCAUACCCAGCACACACAGGACAAAAAAAAAUAUUUUUGCUCCUGACGCAGAAAUCUAUAUGCAGUGCAAUAAAUCCCUCCCUACUCUCUGUGCAGGAAUGCACAAGCGCUUUACAUCCUGGGGUGUGCCCAGAGAAAGCUAUGCAGAUGCCACACUCACUUUGGCAGCAAAGCUCAGCUCUUUGAGAUGCUUCCCUUUUAUACCCUCCACCUGAUAAGUUUCUAGUUCUUAUUGAGGCCAGCUUGAUGCAUGCAAGGCUUGUUCAGCCUUGGAAGCUGAAGGGGUGGCUGAAUAAGAUUUCGAGAAGUCACGGAAGCAAGGCACUGUUGCUGCAGACUGUCCCUUGAUAUUCGUAGAAACGACAAUGCAAAAUACGGUCAAAUAAUGGCCUUAAAUUGCAUAAUGUGCGCUUGUGGGCAAACCCAAGUUCUUUUCAGGUAUAGUUUAUUACCAUUAUUUUUUAGUGCAUGGCAAUACAGACAGCUUUUGGCACAAGGUGUGGGCGGCUGCGGGGGAAAAGUUGUGCAAGAAAGCUUUCACAGUGGGAUGUCUGGCUACAUUUGAUUCCCUCCCCCUCUUAUGUAAUAAGGUUCUUGAGCAACCCUCUUGUGCAAAGAAACAGUAACUAUGCAUGCACGAGCCUGUUUCUGCACACAGAGCAGUUUUUUUUUAAGGUACUGUAUUUUAAAAUCCUGUCCCUUGAAAAUUGUAUUUCUGAUUUAAGAAAUGAAAGCUUUUUUUUUUAAAGGGUGCAUACCUUGCUGUCAGCAAAUGAGGUGUAUGGUGUACACAGAAAGGCAGGAAGGACGAGGUGGCCGAGUGGUUAAGGCGAUGGACUGCUAAUCCAUUGUGCUCUGCACGCGUGGGUUCGAAUCCCACCUUCGUCGUUGUGGAAUUUUUUGGGGGAGAGAAAGGGCCAAAGCUCCAGAGAGACGCGGUCACACUGAGAUCUGCGGGGCUCUCUGGAUUGCAGCCAAAGCGCCUGGGGACCCCUGUGGUCUUCCUGGGGCUCUUUCGACACCACAUCUCCCAUCAGCCCCAGGCAGUGUGGCCAGAAAACAGGGGAUAAUGGGAGUUGUAGGCCAACAAGAUCUGGAGUACCACAGCUAUGGUUUAACAAAGCCCAGGAACGACUGUUCUAAUAAUCAAGUGUGUUCGGAGAUAAGGUCAAGGCUGGAUACAGUGUUUUUGUUUUGUUUUUUGAGGGGUAACAAAGCUGUGUCUCCCCUUCCCGCCAUGGGCUUAUCAGGUAGUGGCAGGUAGCAGCAAUUGGCUUUCAUUUUAAUUUCCCACAGUGCCUAGGGUUGGUGCUACGUCAGGGGCAUUGUGGGUAAUUAAAAUGGCUGCUAGUAGACUCCUGGCUGAAACCACGGAGCCACUGCCAGUCAGUCUUGGCAGUAUUAGGUCGGAUGAACCAACGGUUUGACUCGCGUCUCAGUUCACAGUACAUAUUAACCAACUAGUGUGCAUGUAAAUAUAUUAAAUGGUGUAUAUACAAAACAUGCUGAAUUAUUUUUAGACCAAUGGUCCCUACACCCUAAGGUGGAGCAACUUAAACAGUUUACACUAGACCAGGCGUCGGGCAACCUUUUCUGCCCGUGGGCUGGAGGAUUCCCACGGACUAUCAUCCGUGGGCCGGACAGGCGCAGAAGCGAUUUCCAGUGGUGCUGCGGACGUUUUGGAAAUGGGCAGCGCAGCACCAGAAUUCGCUUCUGCACAUGUCCAUGGCUGCACAGAAGCGAUUUCCGGUGCUGGCUGCCCAUUUCCAAAAUGUCCACAGCGCCAGAAAUUGCUUCUGCGGCUGCGUAGAUGCGAUUUCCGGCGCUGCUCGGCGAGUCCCUGUGCCGCGCAGCGCUGGUUCACCGCAGCGCGCGGGGGACUUGCCGAGCAGGCAGCUCGGUUCACGGGAGGCCCGUGGGCUAGAUAAAUGGCCUCCAUGGGCCGGAGGUUGCCGAUGCCUGCACUAGACGUAUAUUUUGCAUGAUUGAUCUUCCACAGCCAGAAGCAUUUUGACCCAAUCUUCUCCAGUGGCCAACCUAACCUACCUCACAGGGGUGUUGUGUGGCUUAACUUGGGGGCAGGGAAAUCUUGAAGUCCAUGCUGAGCUCUGUGGCAGAAGGUUGGGGUUGCAAAAAUGUAAUAAAUAGAUAUGCCACAGUCGAAAGGAAUUGAGUUCCCAGAAUUGUUAACCUCUCUCUGUGUGUGUGUAUGCAGGUUUCUGCUUGUAAUAACAAUGGGUUCUUUCUGCAGUCUUUAUUUGGCACACUGCAUUUUAACCCUGGGAGAAGAUAGCAAGCCUUAACCUGAUAUGGGUGGCGCUCUCUUAAAUAAACCAUUGAUGUAUGCUGCAACGAGUUGGCAUACCUUAGCCAAAUCUCCACCCAUGUCAAUGUUUUGCAUCAUUCUGGCCCAUCUUUCGUGGCCUGUUGAUGGCCCUAUGAACAUAAACACAAGAAUCAUAGAAUUGUACAUUUGGAUGGGACCCUGAGGGUUUUCUAGUCCAACCCCCUGCAAUGCAGGAAUCUCAGAUGAAGCAUCCAUGACAGGUGGCCAUCCAGCCUCUGCUUAAAAACGAGAGUCCACAACCUCCUGUGGGAGUCAGUUCUACUGUCAAACAACUCUUGUGGUCAGAAAGUUCUUCCUGAUGUUUAGUCGGAAUCUCCUUUCUUGCAACUCUUAGAUCCAUUGGUUCGGGUUUGCUCCACCUUCCAUGUGACAGCCCUUGAGAUAUUUGAAGAUGGCUAUCAGAUCUUCUCUCAGUCUCCUCCUCCUGCUCCCUCGACCAUUCCUCAUAAGGCUUGGCUUCUAGAACCUUUGAGGAACGCUUGAGGGAAUUGAGCCCAUCCAGCAUCCUGUUCUGUGGCAGCCGGUCAGAUGCCUCUGUAAUUCAGAGGCACCGUGGAGGUAGAACACAGCCAACGUGGCCAGGGGCCAUGGAUAGCCUCAGCCUCACAUGUUUUCCCCUCACCCUCUUUCACAGCCAUCCAAACUGUUGGUCCUUGCUGUGCUUCUUGCAGAAGCAAAUCUCGUUGGUCCUCUUGCUUCUUUCCAGCAAGCCAGCUCCCUGAAUAAGUCCUCUGUGCUUGUCUCCCACCUUUCCGACCGCCACUCCCUUCCCUUCCCAAUGAAUGAGAGAAAAAGGCGUGCUUUGCUCUGUCUCUCUCUUGGUUUCCUCCUGUGUGCAAAGGCAUCUGCCAAUCCCAACCCUUCCCUUCCUGCUUUUGUGCCACCCGCCACCCUUUCUCAUCAGACCGUUCCAACAAGAGGAGAGGAGGACCAGCUCUUCUUUUUUCCUCCCCUCCCUUUCUUUUUUCCAGCAGCCAACUCAGAAACAAGGAGCGGUUUGAUUCUUUUUACGGGCAAGCUCUCUCUGGAGGUCCACAGGCAGAGACGGCUGGCGAGGACUGAGUUGCGGCACGGCAGGCUUGCAGAAUGCAGCUGUUGUAACCAUCCUGUAACAACAGAGAAGGAAAGAGGACGGUUUUUCCUCCACUCUGGAAGCUGGCUUGCUUUUUUCUUUUUGUGUGUGCGCGCACGAGUCCGCCUCUGGAUUUCUGGCUUUUCUCUGAAAACUCAAGUGAGUCGGAGAUGUGAAGUUCCCCCGCCUUGCAGAGAUUUUUUAUAUUUUUAUUUUGCAUUGUGGAUAGUUGACCUAAUCUGGCGUGGAAAUGCUCCAGAGGCAGCCUGGAAUCGAAGGGUAAUGGAUCUUUCUUGUGCGAGGGAGUUUCUGGUAGGGUGGGCUUAACAAAGGGUUUUUAUUUCAUUUUAAACAGGGCCUAACAAAGGUGUUCCUAUUUAGGAGAGAAAAUGGUCCCAGUGGGGAGAGGCAACCCAACCUUUUGGAAAUCUUCUCCUAAGAUGCAGGGGGCUUUCAUCGCUCAUUGGAACAUCAAAGCCAGCAGUUUGAGGGGGCGGAUCCUGUUCAGGAUUUUCUGCGGCUUUCGUCUCCCUACCCACUCCCUGGCAACCAUGUGGCAGGGUGUGGGUAGCUGGGCUUCUUCGUUCUGUAGGCUUGGGAGAAUCUCCUUUGGAGAAACGGAUCUGGUCCCAGGGUAGAUUGGAAGUGGUAGAAGGAAUUACCUCUCCAUCUUCUCCAGGAAGGAUUAGGCUGGGUGGGAUCCAGUCUUCCAAGUACAUAGGCUUAGAGCAGACAUGUCCAACCGGGAGACCGCGAUCUACAGGUAGAUCGCUGGAGGGAUCCCACUGGUAGAUCGCGGGAUUGUGGUCAAUCAUGGGCAAGGAAUGUGGCGCUAGGUCUUUUGGGUGACUGCUUGACUUUUGGGGUGAGCGUUUUUUGUCAUUCCCCCCCCCCAAAGCUCAACAACUCUUGUCAAUCCCUCCCCAAAAAGCUCAACAACUCUGGGCACUUCCCCCCAAAGAAUACACCUCCCUCCCUCCAAUGACAAUGGGUAGAUCACUGCCAGUUUCUUUAUACUGGGAGUAGAUCACAUUCUCUUGGGAGUUGGACAUGCCUGGCUUAAAGCAACACUUAGAAUGUUAUGUUUGAAGGUGGUAGGGAAUCUGUGAUCCUUCGUGGUCCUUCACACCUAUGGUCUCUCUCCAUAAUAGGCCACACCCCCUCCCCAGGAGACACCCCUCACCAUUCUUGCUGCACACACUCCUCAGGUGCUUUUGCCUGGCUGGAAUCUGUCCUUCAGCUGCGAUUAUGCCUUUUGCUCGCCUGGGUGGAGGGCCAUCUGUGUGCACACAUGUGUUUGUGUCUGUGGAAGCGUCUCCUUCUAAUGGCUGUUCAAAGACCCAUUGCCCCUCCCACCUCUGGCUCUGGCUCCACCCACCACUCACAUGUCCCCCCCCCCCCCAAUGUUUCCCAAGAGGAGACAUCAUGGCCCUUGAGCUGGAAAAGAUUCCUCAUUCCACAUUCACUUUCUGGGGAAAUCCUUUGUCUUCUCCCUUCGCAGGCUUAAAAGUCAAGUGAAACAUCGGGGUGAGAAGAGGAGAAUUAAGAACUCUGCUUUAUAGCUGGGUGAAUUACAUGUGUUUUCUUAAGCCGCUCCCAAGGGAGCCUAGUUUGGAACUGGGAGCGUGAAAAGUCUUACAGUAAUAGGAACGCCCCCACCAUCUCCCGAAAUAUGAAGCAGAGGAAAAACUGCAGGGCUGGAAUAAAUUUGCCCAACUAAAAAGGAACAUAGCAGUGAAAGGGUCUUCUCCUCCCCCAAAAAUUAAAGUAGGCAACAGGGUAUGGGGAAUAAAAUACGUCCAGGGUUAAAGAAUGAGUAUUUCUCUCCCUUCUUCCCCAGACUUGCCAAUUUCAAUGGUUUAUUUACAAAGCUGCCUGCUUCAUGUGGUCUCAAUUUUGAAUGAUUCAUGCAAGCAGUUUGAUUUUUCAAAUGAGAGAAGAGCCCAUUAAAGGAACACAAUGAUAGGACAGACUUUGGUUGCAGACAGGGAGAAAAUACAGAUCAGAGAGUUAAAAAGGCAGGAAUAUGUGAUGCCAUCAAAAAAGAGUGCUUUUGAAUACACGCAGAGUUGCCAAAUAUCUUGCCUUUUUAAACACAAACACACACACACACAAAUUUGUCCAAAAAAGUACAAAGACUUUAAAAGAUUACUAAAGUGAUAAAUUGGCUAUUGAAAUUUCAUGAAAGACAAGCACACACGGAUAAAGAGAAAAUCAUAAAAAUGGAAAAAAGAAGAAAACCCCUAUAAUAAAAUUAAACCAACCAAACCAACCCCACAACCCCAAGUAGUACUGUAGUUCAGCACAUUAGGAGUCUUUGGUUACAAAGCAAAAUAAUUUAACUGGAGAAGAGAUUGUACUGUGUGCGACAAAGACACUUUCAGUGCCUGUCUAGCAGCAGAAAAAUCGGGUUUGAUUCAGGAGCCCAAUUUCUACCCAGCAUAAGGGAUAUUGAGUAAAAUAACUUCAAGUUUCUCUAGGUUUGAUCAAGUUGUGCUCCGUUGGAAUAAUGUAGCUAAAUGGACUCUCCUCGUGUAUUCCUGCUAUAAAUAAAGAAGAGCUCUCUAUGGGGGCUGAUCUUUUUCACCCUGCUGUAAACUAGGGGGGGGGGGAAUCCUCCUCUGUUAAACCUCUGCCCCACCAACUCCUUAUCCAGGUGUGAACCAGGUGUAAUUCUGCUGGAGCCAAGGGGCCGGGAAGGCUGUGUGGACCUUACUGUUUAUUCUGGCUUCAGUGUUUUGUUCCCACCACUGGUGUUGGAAGCCAUCUACACAUGAUGUUAGCCGCAGCUGUUCGAUGUGUUUCCCCUCCAACCAGCUUCCAUCCGAUCUGAAAACGUAGGCCAUGUUCGCUUUGCGGUUAAGCUGAGGUCUGUACGUUUGAGGCAGCCCUUGCACAUGAACAGAGGACAGCACAUGCCCAGGCGACGGCUUCAUAAAUUAGGAGUUCAUGGCAUGGUGGUUUGCAGGGAAACCAAACUGCUUGUGCGCACUGGAUGAAGACAUGCCUGCGCCCCUUCCGGUCUGGUGUGCACAGCAGCAUUCAAAUGCAGCGGGAGGGAAUGACCUCACUGUGUUUUCGUAGACUCAUAGAGUUGGAAGGGGACCCCAAGGGUCAUCUAGUCCAACCCCCUGCAAUGCAGAAAUCUCUGCUAAAGCAUCCAUGAAAGAUGGCCAUCUACCGGUGUAUUCAUAGCCCAAAUGUCUGGCUCCUUUUAUUUAACACUUAGUGACCGUCCGUGCAAUUGACUUUCAUUGGGAUUGUUCACCAGGAAACAACUAAUAUGAGGUCUCCUGAACUAGUUACUUACCCCUUCUUCACUCAGUUGAAAUACUACCUCUUUUUGCUCUGGAAUGAAUUGUAAGGACCUCUUUGCAAUCAUUCCGUUUUGGGGCGUGUAAAUUUGGAGUAACUCUGAAGGAUAAUUCCCCACUCACCUCUCCUCUCUCCCUUAACUCAACUGAACUCAAGAUGAACUGUGUUUGGCUUUGUGGUCACGAUUCUCACUCUGUCUUUCAUCUUGGGAGUAAUGCUAGAACUUGUGGACACCCAGGGAAAAGCAAGUACUUGUUCGCACAAUGAUUUGCUCCCGCAAGAGGUUGUGAUGGCUACCAACUUGGAUAGCUUUAGGAUUAGAGGAAUUCAUGGAGGAUCAGACUACCAAUGGCUGCUAGUCACAAUGGCUAAGCUCUGCCUCUGUCAUUAGAGGAGACCGUAUACCUCCGAAUACCAGGUUCUAGGAAUCACUGGUAGGAAGAGUGCUGUUGCUCUUGCGUCUUGCGUCUUGCUUUCCACAGACAGCAGUUUGGCCACUAUUGGGCCAUUUGCCUGUUCCAUCAGCAAUCUCCUUAUACUCUUAGGAAAUCAGAAGUAUCUGCUUUGCAGCUGAUGAAUACCACAGCUUUGUGACUUACCCUGGUGUAAGCCAAGAGUCAACGAGACAGAUUCUGAUCUUCCCUAUUUCCUCCUUUCAUUUUCAACGCUGCGGUAAACUUUGGUUUUCAAGAAGAAGAAUGAGAUCUUUUUGUGGUCUGUGGACAAAUCCCUCCCUUUAUUCAGCUACGGUACUAGGUGUGGGCUGGGAGUGGUGGCAGGAGGCCUGGGGAACCCAAUCAGGACAACUUUAAACUAAAUACUGAGAGGGAGGGAGAAAAUAUUGCAGACGACAGAGUAAAACCUGAUACUAGAGAUAAUACCUUCGUUGAUGCACAGGGAACUGAGGUGGUGCUCCAGAAACCUUCUAAAGAAGGAAGCAGCUGGAGGGGACGGCUUAUGGUCUCAGUUGUUUUUAUACUAAUGCACAGAGAAUGGGAAACAAGCAAGAUGAAUCUGAGCUCUUAAUAGAGGAUGGCAAAUAUGACCUAAUAGGCAUUACUGAAACCUGGUGGGAUGAGACUCAUGACUGGAAUGUAGAAAUUGAGGGGUAUAACCUAUUAAAAAGGAAUAGUGUUAGAAAAUGAGAUAUGAAAGCUGGGAGCUAAAUGGCACCUUAAACCUAGGUAAUGGGUACAACAACAGAAUGUCUAGGCACACAUUUUUAAUAGCAAGAAUACAAAGCUGAAAAUGAAUGAACUGCAGCUAAAAUCUUAUACAGUGGUACCUCUGGUUAAGAACUUAAUUCGUUCUGGAGGUCCGUUCUUAACCUGAAACUGCUCUUAACCUGAAGCACCACUUUAGCUAAUGGGGCCUCCUGCUGCCACCACGCCGCCGGAGCACAAUUUCUGUUCUCAUCCUGAAGCAAAGCUCUUAACCUGAGGUACUAUUUCUGGGUUAGCGGAGUCUGUAACCUGAAGCAUUUGUAACCUGAAGCGUUUAUAACCUAAGGUACUACUGUAUUCAUUUCUCACAUGGUCUAGUCCUCAUCUGAAGACUGCAAAAAACAAAGCCAUGCUUUUUUCCCUGCCUGCCCCCCUAAUAUUAUUAAGAGGAUCUCUUCUCCAGUCUUCAGAGAGUGACUGGAAGUGGAGAGGCAGAAAAAGGUCCUCCUUUCCUUCCACUCUGCAGUUUAAUCUGAAAUCUUAGGCACAGUACUGCACCCAGAACUCAGAAACAGCCCACGCUAAUGAAAUUCCUUGUCGCAAAACGCACCUAGAACAAUGGGAGUUUCGAACGCUGUUGUGAAGAGAUCCACGAGGAGCUGGCGAAUGUGGAAGAGGUAACUGUUAAGUGGAUUUGUAGCUGGUUGGUUGACUGACCGAAUCCAGAGAGUGCUCACUAAUAGUUCUUCAUCAUACUGGAAAAAAGUGACAAGUGGGGUGCCACAGGGUUCUGUCCUGGGACCAUUUAUAAACAACUUGGCUGAAGGAACUGAGGGGAUUUGCAGAUGACACCAAACUGGGUGGGGUAGCUAAUGCCUCAGGAGACAGAAUCAGGACUCAAGAUGACCCUAACAUAUACCGGUAAUAGAUUUUUCAGGCCCCUGUCUCUAUCUUUAGAUGCCAGAUAAAUACUUUAUUGUUUUAAUGUGCUUUUCAGUGUCACAAUUUCAGAGAAUUUGUUAGAGGCCUAGAGACAAUAAGGAUUAGUAGUGGGGGUGCUGUGCAGAAUUGCUAGUAUCUCAGAUGCUGUUUUGCAAAUGACAGGUCGCUAGCCCUCAUUGAUCAUGGCAAUAAAACUUGCUUGUUUGUUUGUUUGUUUUUAACCUCAUGACAGUUUCAUUUUGGUUCUUAGCUGGCUUGAAUAAAGCCCAGGCUCCCAACUAGCAGAUGCACAGUUUUUGCAGGUGAUGGGUUUUCCCACCAUGCCUUGCUUCUAAACCUGCAUGUGGCUUCUUGUUGGCUAUUGUUGGAAGAAAGGCGAUUAAGUGCAUGGUAGCUCUUUCAUAAGGCCUUAGGUCAUGCCAGGAAACGCUGGAAAUCCGGGAUGCCCAUUUUAAGAGCAUUGUGUGGGCUUUUAAAGGGCUUUAAAGUGUUUUACUGAGCAAACCACAUCUGGGAAGUGGCCAGAACCACUUGCUCCAGACAGGUUUGAUGCUGACAGAUAAUUUUAAAGCAGCUGAAUGUUUAGCUGGCGUUGUGCUCUGAACACACACAGGCAAACAUUAAGUUUUUUUGGGGUAACACAUGCAGUAAAAUAAGGGGGCAGGAAGUGGAUUAUACCAGUUUAGGCUGCAAGUGAGGAGAAUUCCCCUUUUCCUUUUUUUAAAAAAUGCUUCCCUGAAUUUAAGAAAACCCAACAAACCACAUACUCAGCACAUCUGCAUGCAAAUGAGAAAAUAGUGUAGCUGGGAAAGCUCGAAUCUGGAACAUUUCUCACUGCUACUCUAGGCUUUUUGUUUUUUUAAAAUAGCAGGUUGUUUUUUUAAAAAAUAAUGUGGACUCCCCCCCCCCCCUCAGCAACCAACCCCUCCUCUUCACCUGCAGGCUAAAGUGGCACAGUCUGUUCUACCACCUCGCUCCACUGCUUGUAGAGGAAGUUGUUUUUUCCCCACAUUACAUUUAUUCCAAAUUAGCGGAAGCAGGUGAACUGGUUGUUCCAGGUUGAAAGUAAUGUGCUGUGAUGCGUGCAUCUGUAUGUAUAUCAUCGCUUAGAACAGUAUAUUUUUUUAAAGUGAGGUGACCACAGCUGUACAUGGAAUUUGGGUCAUAGAAUAAGAGAACUGUAGAGUUGGAAGGGCCCUCGAUGAUCAUCUAGUCCAACCCCCUGCAAUGCAGGAAUAUGCAGCUCACCCGUACAGGGAUUGAACCCGCGACCAAUGGUGUUAUCAGCAUCACACUCUAGCCAACUGAGCUAUAUAUGACAGAUAGAUAGAUUUGUACACAGGAAAAAUGCUAGCCUAGCAAGGGCAAAGAACAAGGGACAUAGGGCUUUUUGUUGGGGGUGAGUUGCUGUCCCUCCUAGCAUGAUCCAGGCUGCUCUUCCACACCCUGAUGUAAAAAAGCACAGCUUGUGCAUAGAUGGGGCUUUAGAAAUAAUAAGAAAGCAAUGCUCUGGCAGUGCUGGGCGAACAACUGUUGCCACUUGCCCGUCCGUUCCUUUUUUCCUAGCAUUUCCUUUCCUCUGCAGUGAGAGGAUGCUAACUAAAACCUCCUCGUUUCCUGUGUCCGGAAAGACGCAUUUCCCUUCUCCAUGGAAAAGGAUUGGAAGGGUAGGAUCCAUGAAGGGGCUGUGGCUUGGAAGAGCCAUGUCGCAUCUGCAGGGAGCCUGCCUGCAGUUUCUCCACUAGGUCCUUGACCGAGAGGGGCCAGCAGAAUUGUUCCAGGAAAUGAAGUCGUGGCGGCAGCGCUGCGGAUGACCCACCCGCUGUGAAGAUGUCCUCCAUGGACCCCCUGCCUCCGGCGACCCCUCCGACCCAGAAACCCACGCGCAUCAUUAAGCCCCGCCCACCCACCCGGCCACGACCGUACUUGCCACCCAGGCCGGACUCUGCCAGGCCGAGCCGUGGACCAACCCCACCUUUGCCCCCAGAGGGCUCCUCAACUGAGGCUGUCAAUGAUGGAUGCUCCAGGGCGGCUGAUCCCCCUUGCAGCCAACAGCGGCAGCUCCACAAGCUGCAGAACUCGGGCGCCGUUCGUAAAAUCAUCGUGCGCUUCAGCCACACGGAGAAAGAAGAGGCUGGGAAGCCCGCUCAGCCUGCUGUGAACUGCAGCCAGGUGCCUGUCACCGAGAAUGGGGAAGAGAAGAUAUCGGAGGGGAAGGUGGGGCAGGGGCAGUUGGAUCCCAGUGAGGAUCCCCAGCAGCCCGUGUCGCAUGUGGUGGAACAGAACGGCAUUGAGUCGCCAGCUACCUGCCCCUCAGGCUGCCCCUGCAUCUGCCAUCAACAGCGGCCAGGCAUGGUCUUGGCCUGGGUUCCGGCACAUUCCCAGCAGGCCGACUGUGAGGACGGGCCCGCCUCAGACCUCUCGUCCUCUGCGGAUGAGGGAGGGCCUGUCUUUCAGCACCUCCUGGUGCUCAAUGCCCCAUCUUCCCCCAGCCCCUCAGCCUGCAGUGGGCGGCCCCCUAAAUCCCGCCGUUCUCCCCGCAGCAAGAAGCCCCCUGACCCACCGCCCUCGGCCAACGGGCACCCUGAAGGCGGUGUGGUCUUGACGGGGUACCGAUCCACCGCCGAGCCUCUUCCGCUGCGCUGCCCGCCCUUGAUGCCCAAGCCCCCCCGGCGCAGCAAAGUGGGUUCCCUUGCCUCUUUGGACGGUGAGGACUUGCCCCCCGCCAUCCCACCCAAGGCCCCCAUGAAACCGCCUCGCAACUCCUUAGUUCCUUUAGCCUACUCUCGCCGGAGUUCCCUGCAGUACCCGCUAGAGAUUAACCAAGCUCAAGGCGACACCUGCCUCAUCUCUGCGAUGGAAGGGCUCCUCAUGCCUCCCCCCUCAAUGCCCCCACCGCCGCCACCCGUCUCCCAGGCGCAGGCGCCCCUCCCCCUCCCACAGAACCAGCCCCCCCUGCCCCCUUCCUGCCAGUUGCCCACAACCAUGACUCCCCCUCCGCCCUCCCAGCCGCCACCACCAUUGCCUCAAGGCCUGCCUCCUCCACCAACCCAGCCACCGCCGCCCUUGGGUGAAGGAGCUUGUCAAGAUGGCUGUGAAAAUGAAUGCCUGACUCCUGGAGACUCUGAUGCGGAGACCCCAAAUGGCGGACACUGCUCAGUGCUAUCCCCAAAGGGCCCUGACUGGGGACUUUACCUACAGGAUGAGCCCCUGUACCAGACAUAUCGCCAGGCUGUCAUCUCCAAGGAGAUCAAGCGGCAAACGGUCCCCCGCAACAGCAGCUUCAGCAGCUCUGACUAUGGGGGCCCUUCGCCUGGUGAAGGGUCCGCGGGGCCUCGGGGCCCCAUCCCGCACAGCACGCUUUGGCAGGAGUUGCCCGCUGUGCGAGAGAGCGGCCUUCUGGGAAAUAUCAGCCCCGAAGAGAGGAAGAUGCAGGAGAGCCUUUUUGAGGUGGUGACCUCCGAGGCUUCCUAUCUGCGCUCCCUGUUACUGCUGAUCGAGCACUUUAUGGAAUCGCGGGACCUGACAGCCACCAUCCUUCUGCGCGAGCACCGUACCCUCUUUUCCAACAUCCGCAAAGUCAAGGAGGUCAGCGAAAGAUUUCUGCAUGAUCUUGAAGGACGCCUGGCCGAGAGCCUGCAGAUCUCGGACGUCUGUGACAUAGUGGAGACACACGCACAGCAGAACUUCUCGGUCUACAUUGACUACGUGCGCAACCAGCUGUACCAAGAGAAGACCUACAGCAGCCUCAUGGAGAAGAACCCCCAGUUUGCCAUUGUCGUCACCCGGCUCCAGGAGCUCCCCCAAUGCCAACGGCUCCCCUUCAUGUCCUUCCUGCUGCUUCCUUUCCAGAGGAUCACCCGGAUCAAGAUGCUCAUAGAGAAUAUCCUACGUCGGACAGAAGAAGGCUCAUUGCGAGAGCAGAACGCCAUGAAAGCUUUGUCCUCUGUUUCCAAGAUAAUAGAAGAAUGUAACUCUGAGGUGGGCCGCAUGCGUCACAUGGAGGAGCUCAUCCACAUUGCCAGCAAGAUCGAGUUUGACAAGCUUAAGGCAGUUCCCAUCAUCUCCCAGAGCCGGCAGCUGCUGAAACAGGGCGAGCUGUUGGAGGUGGUGCACCGGGGCACCCUCUUUGGCACCAAGCCCAAACUGGUCCCCAUUUACUUGUACCUCUUCAACGACCUGCUGCUCAUCACCCAGCGGAAGAGUUCAGAGCGCUUUGUGGUGCUGGAUUAUGCUCACCGCUCUCUCGUCCAGGCCCAGGGCUGCUGGGAAUCCUCCACAAGCCACAGCGCGGAGAACAGCUUCUACCUGACGCUGCUUGAGAACCAUCAAGGACGGAACAGUGACCGGCUCUGCCGUGCCCCAACACAGUCAGAUAUGCACCGCUGGAUGGGGGCUUUUCCUCGCCAUGAAUCCCAGUCGGUUGGCAAACAGGAAACCAUCUAUGAGGACUGGGACUGCCCUCAGGUGCAGUGCAUUGAGACCUACUCUGCUGCCCAGGCUGACGAACUGAGCCUAGAGCCUACGGACAUUGUCAACGUGUUGCGCAAAACCAAUGAGGGCUGGUAUGAGGGUGUCCGCCUGACCGACGGCAAGAAGGGCUGGUUCCCCUCGCGCUACGUGCAGGAGAUCACGAACGAGCACGUGCGGCGGCGCAACCUCCGCGAGCGCUACCGUGUCCUGCAGGCCGCCCGCCAGCUCCAGCUGACGCGCACCAGCCACACGAAGAGCAAGUACAGUUCGGCCUGAGGCUGCGGGCACAGAGCCACGGAAUGACCAGCGGGAACACACCGGAGACACCAGGCGGUGCAUGUUUAUCCCAAUACUGGGCUCGGACUCAGAGCAACGUCUGCUCUGCUCAGGGCAGGAGAAGCACUGCCACAAGCGGGGCGCCAAAGAUGGCAGCAGUAGGUGGCGCUAGAAGGAAGACCAAUAUAUAGCACAUGUCCACAGUGCUUCUUGCUGGACUUAAGACUGUAAUGCCAUAAGCGGGCCACCGGAGGCAUCAGAGGCACACCACCAAACCUGCCUGCUUUGCCUGCUUUUUGCCAGAAGAGGGCGGUGGUGUCAGCAUCUUCCGCUUCAUUGCACUGUGCACAGAGCCACUUACGGUUGGUUCGACUGCAAACUUAUCCGAACUCUUCAGCACCUGUUCUGCUUGGUGGGGGAGCUCAAUGCCCAGGGUGACGACAGCCAACUUCCUCAGCCAGAGAGAGGGGUGCGGUGGGUGGGUGGGCCGCCUCCAGCAAUGCUGCAUGGGGAAAAGCCAGGUCACCCCACCCACACCUGUGGCAUCAUUGCCAGGCCAGACGCAUUGAGGUAGAUGCUUCAGAGGCACCCGCAAUGACAGAUUUUUGUCAACGCAGGGGUUAUUUUGUCCUGUCUGCUCCUCCUGCAUUCAGGGGGUUGAAUUUACGUGCUUGCAAAGGCCAGGUCCCUUUUUUGCAUGGAGAGGAGCAGCUAGUUGGAAGUUACCUUUGCCAACGCCUGUUAACCAUGUGGGAGGUGGGCACUCCAUUUGAAAGCAGGGUUGAAAGUAUAGUCCGCCCCCUUCCCAGAAUUGGAUGCCUGAACACAGCACCUUCUUUGCCAGUAAACUGGAUCAGGAUUUGCACACAGCCCCCAUCCUCCUCUGGAUACAGAGGGUCAGUCAAUUCUACGUGUGGGUAAACCGACCCAGAACCUGCCCCAAGGCCUCGUGGGCCUGAUACUGCUUCCCACGCCCUACCCCUGGCUCUUGAGGGUGCCCUAACUGCGGGGUUGGCCGUGCCUUUUCCUACCAGGCCAUGUUAGGAACCUGGGAUUUACAUUUUGCAAAAGUGGGGAAUCCCUUCCUCUUGGUGCCAUCAAUCUCUGCUAAUAUUGCAGAGACUCUCCCCGCUGUUCUUUCGCCUCAGGGCCCUCUCUACCUCAGCGGCUAUGCUCCUUGCCAACCAGCGCCCCUGCUUCUCCUUUAGCCCUUGCAGGGGAUUGGGGCCUCCUGGCUCUGCCCACUUUUCAGGACUCGGACGCUCAUUUCUCCUCCUCUGGCGCUGGCGACUGAUCUGCUUGCCCCCCGCCUCCAAAUGCAUUUCCCUAACACCAAUGUUGCAAGUCUGCCAGAGUUUCCUUGGCCUUUCUUGCAUCUUCUUCCCUGCUUCCACCCUGGAAACAUGGCCACGGAUCGGCUUCUAUUUAUUAUAUAGGACAGCCUCUUUAACUUCUAUCCUGGAGGAGACUUCUGCACCCCCACCAGCUCUGGUAGCAUCAAGGAGGUGCAGACAAAAAAGAUGUUUAACUUAUUCUGUACCAUAUUUGCCUGCACUGUUGUCUUUUGUUUUGUGUUUUUCUAUCGGAAUUGCUUUUUUUAAAAAAAAAUGAAGAUGGAAGAA